GCGGUUGUGGCCCUUGUGGCGCAUUCUAAACUAUUCUACAGUCUAAACAAAUCAACCGAUUAUAUAUGUUUUACACUGGGCCAAUGGGUGCGGCCUAGCAAUUACAAUAAAAUUUUCAUUCCUCAAUCAUAAGAAUUUUUUACAACUCAGGAUUUACUGAUAUUAUUAUCCACUGAUUGUUUCGAGGUGAUUCCGAGUGAACGCUUUCGUUUUCGACUGUUUUCACUAUAAGCAACACUAUAUAAACAGAAAAAAAGCCGUGUGCACAUCGCGCGACGCAAGGCCACCACUGUAUAUUUUAUUAUUUGCUAGCGGGAAGGAGAAGACAAUUUAAAUUCGGAGUAUUGCAAUUUUAUUAUUGAUUACCGGCCCGAAAGUGGUCAAAGUACUUUUAAUAUUUUCAUGGGCUUGUCUUAAGCAUUUAAAAUAUCAUUUCUAUACACCGAAGUCGAUAUUAUAUUGUAUUAUAUCGGAUUCUAAUUAAUGAACGUGUAAAUGGAAUCAUGAAUCCAUCGUGUGAGAGCAUACUUAUGUUGAUUUUUUCGUUUACGUCUGCAACAACAAUUUUUGAUAACAAUGCGUAAAUAAUUUCUCACGUAAUAGAUAGAUCGCAGAAAAGUUCACUAUGAGCUCUCACGGGAAAGUUGAAACGGAGAGGCUUAGGAAGAACCUGGAGGAGCAACUGGAUAGAUUGGUACAGCAAUUAGAGGAUUUAGAAGAAUGCAAGGAGGAUUUAGAAGAAUCCGACUACGAAGAAACCAAGAGAGAGACAAUGGAUCAAUUACGUGAAUUCAGCGAUAGUCUUCAACGCAUGAUUUCAGGAGACAUGACUCUAGUGGAUCAACUUGGUGCAAUGCAAUUAGCAACGCAUGCAGCAGUAAGUGCAGCAUUCAAAACUCCUGCGGUAAUCAGGAUGUUUGGAAGACGUGAGCCAAAGCAAUUACGGGAACGCCUCUCAAUAAUAGAAAGAGACACACGACUCGGAAAAUUGAGCAAAGAAAUGAGUGAUAGACAACGAAGUGAAAUUUUGAGUGCUUUAAAGCAAUUGGGAGAAAAAUUGCAACAAUCAGAGCUUGAAUUUUUGGAAAAAUUGUCAAUGGAUACCGUUGACGUCACUGGUUUUAUUAAAGUAUCUGACAAUCAAGAAAAAUGUCAAAUGGCUCUAGCAAUGGCCAGUCAGGAGGUCAACGCUACUCAAAACACAUGAAAAAGACACAAUCUCCCUCUAAAUUUCGUAGCUCAUAAUUUCUACAUCAAUAAAUUAUUUAUUCAAUAUUUUUAAGUGCUUAUUAGUAAGACUUAUCCCAAAGAAAAUAAUCGAUCAACAAUUGUCUUAUUUUCAUAUAUUUGUCCCGGAUUUUUUAUUCGUUCAUAAAGAAAACAUAUAUACUCAACAAUAUUUAUUGCCUGAAUUUAUAAACAAAAAAAAAGAAUACUUAUUUCUAAGAAGGCUGACUCCAACUUAUAUUUAUCUAGAAACAAACGUUCAUAUUUAAUUCUAUAUAUGCUCGCUUUAGCGAUAAUCAUGAAAAUGGGUUAUUGUAUCUGGGUACGAUUAAAUUUCACCAUUUUUCUGUAGGAAUUUGUGCAUGAAAAAA